GAAGUUUGCUUUACAAAUCCGCAGUCGAAUCAGGAUCCGGGUUGGUUCGACAUACACGCCCUUGAGCCUCAGGAGGCAAGUACAAACAUAAGCCGUCGCGCCCUUCAACUGCACUGAGAAAGGCUUCCACAAAGCUCCGCAACCAUGACGAGAGUAUCGUGCAAGUACAGUUGCUAUAAAAGCUGUGCACCAUCUUCACGUUUAAGUCAAACACGACAUCUCUGCAGCUACGCUUCUUCGCAAUUGUUCAUCCUCAAGUCUGAGGGAAAUUCGCCAAAGAUAUAUAUCACAUACAAUCAUCAUGUCAAGCGUUGAUGCCGACGCCAGAAUCGCGAGUAACGGAUGGGCGGCCGUUCCACGAAGCCAUUCAAAGGCUCUCGAUGAUGUUAAUAAGAACCAGCAUGCCACGCUCGACCUUGACCUCGUGAAGGUGCCUGACACCGAUGUAGCCAAGGAGGUGCUCAAGUAUGCGAAGGCCACACUGCCAGAGAGGACGUUCAACCAUAGUAUGCGCGUCUGGAACUAUGGAAAUGCAAUCGUGCAGACGCACUUGCCGCAUCUUACGCCUCUCCUCGAAACGUAUUUCCUGACCUGUCUCUUUCAUGACAUUGGCACCACACCAGAGCACAUGAAAGGCACGCACUUAUCGUUUGAGUACUGGGGUGCUAUGAAAGCAAGGUCGUUCUUGAGCGAAAAUGGCGCACCCAGCGAUCAAGCUGAUGCAGUUUGCGAAGCUAUUAUUCGCCACGCGGAGCUGGGUGAGAUAGGGAUGAUCACCAGUCUCGGAUUGCUGAUCCAGUUGACAACAUCAUUCGAUAACGCAGGCGCCAACCCGUAUCUCAUCGCGACCGAGACUAUCGAGAAGGUCGUGGCCAGGUACCCGCGCAAGGGAUGGUCGUCGUGCUUUGCUGCUUGCAUGACCGCCGAGAUGGACUUGAAGCCGUGGUGCCGCACCACCGCUCAGGAAGGAUUCGUGGAGAGUAUUGCCGGGAACGAGUUGAUGGCACCUUACGACAAGUAAACGUGUUUAGCUGGCCAGGCACACUGGUGGGCUGGGGUUCUCAAGCAGCAAUGACAGAUUGUUCUCACGA